AUGGGUAUGAUAACAACUAAUGUAUUAGAAGAAUCUUUAAGUUUUGGACCUUUACCAACAAGUUUAAUGAUAGCUGAACCAGCAUAUUUAAUUGCACAAACAACAACAGAUAGAUUAUCUGAAUUACCAACAAUCUAUGCUGAUCCUAAACGAUUAUCUGAUCCAAUACGUCUUAUUGAAUGGGUAUGUAAUCUACGUUGUGCUAGAUGUCCAAGUGAACAAAAUAUGGAAUUAAUUUAUUGUCAUCAAUUAAGUCAAUCAUUCUAUCGAACAACACGUAGAAUUGAAGCUGGUGAAGAAUUAUUAAUUUGGUUUCGAAGACAAGAUUUACAACCAUUAGUUACAGAAUACUUGAAUAAUUUAUAUAUUUCCGAAGCAUGGAUAGGACAUACAGUAAAAGCAACGGAUUUAUUACAGAAAGAUUAUGAACAAUUUGUAAAUCCACAUAAAUCUUUCAAUACAGAAUAUUGUAAGUUGUAUUAUGAUGGUAAGAAGUAUUAA